UGACGUCUCCAGCGUCAGGUCCGGGCUCGAGGUUGCCCCAGCAACUCACAGGAUGGACCAAUGAUACUGGGGGGGGGACAGACCCGUCAGCUCGUCCUCCUUUAAAACCUUCGUGCGUCCUGAGCGCGCGGCCGGCGAAGAGGACACUUAAACACUGUCUGAAGCUGCACACGUGCGUCUCUGCUGUGUCGCAUGUGAGCACGCGCAGUCUCCUUCCUUUGCGCGUCUCCUCGCUGUGGACCACGGGGGUGUUGGAGGAGUCUCGUCUCGUGAUGGGACACGGCCGCUGUCAUCUUCCGCGAGGAUGAGCCACAGAAGCAGCCCCGCGCGAGCGCACGACUUCCUGCUGAAGUUCCUGCUGGUGGGGGACAGCGACGUGGGGAAGGGAGAGAUCCUCGCGAGCCUGCAGGACGGAGCCAGCGAGUCCCCGUAUGGAUACAACCUGGGAAUCGACUACAAGACGACCACCAUCCUUCUGGAUGGGAGGAGAGUCAAGCUGCAGCUCUGGGACACGUCUGGUCAGGGACGGUUCUGCACCAUCUUCAGAUCGUACUCCAGAGGAGCACAGGGAGUGAUCCUGGUGUACGACAUCACCAACCGCUGGUCAUUUGAUGGGAUCGACAGGUGGAUCAAAGAGAUAGACGAGCAUGCUCCAGGGGUGCCCAAGAUCCUCGUGGGGAACCGCCUGCACCUGGCCUACAAGCGGCAGGUGACCACGGAGCAGGCGCAGGUGUAUGCGGAGAAGCUGGGCAUCACCUUCUUCGAGGUCAGUCCGCUGUGCAACUUCAACAUCACCGAGUCGUUCACCGAAUUGGCUCGCAUCGUGCUGAUGAGGCAUGGCAUGGAGCGACUGUGGAGGCCCAACAGAGGUUCCUCAGUGCUGAGUCUGCAGGACUUGUGCUGUCGCUCCAUCGUCUCCUGUACUCCGGUCCACCUGGUGGAUAAACUCCCGCUCCCUGCCGCUCUGAAGUCCCACCUGAAGUCCUUCUCCGUGGCCAACGGCCUCAACGCCCGCAUGAUGCACGGACGCUCCUACUCCGUCACCGCCAGCGCUCACCAUGGCGCCACUAAGAGGACGGGCGGCGCGCUGCUGAAGAAACACAAACUCACCCGGCCGCCGCUCAGCCCGCCUGCACAGAGCUGCAGGAACAGCUGUAAAAUAUCCUAACGGCCGGACGUGUCCGUGAACGCACCGUCACCUGUUUCAUGUUUUAUAAAACCUGAGAAGUAUGGAUGGAAAAAUUAAUCAUAACUCAUUAAAUUAAUUAAUAUGCCAACAAAUGUACCAAAAAUAAUAAUAAAAAAUGAAUUUAGGCAUUAAUUAUUCGUCAAAUGUGACAUAAAUUGAUAUUUCUGUUUUAUUUUUCUUUAUUUAGUAUCCAUUGUAUUAAUCCCCCUAUUUAUUUAUUUACUUUCCUUUUUCCUUUUUAUUCAUUUUUAAUAAUUUUUGCAUUUAUUAUUCAUUUACAAAACAAAAGUAUUUUAAAUGUAUGAAGAAAUGUAAAAACAAAGAAAAUACAGAAGAAAUAGGGAAAUAAACGAGGGGAAAAUGCAAAGGGAAAAUAAUAAAUAAAUAUAUAAAUAAAUAAAUACAUCAAAGAACAUUUAAAUAAAGAAUCGGGAAAAGAAAAUAGGAAAGUAAGUAAAUAGAUAGUAAGUAGAUAAAUGAAACAUGAAUAAAACAAAUGUCAAUUUAUGUCACAUUUUAUUAAUUAAUGCGUACAUUUAUGUUUUUUAAUGACAUAUUAAUUAAUGUAUUGAGUUAUUGAUUCAUUUGAGAUUUUGUUCCUGUUCUGUAUCUGAAACAGAAAUAUGAAGUCUUUAUAGUCCUUUAUACGUCAGCUGAAACAUUACAGUUUUACAUUUUACACAUGAAACUGAUUGUACAGGAACAAACGUUCAUCCCGUUUCCAGCUUUCCUCACACACACGUUCCAGAAGCGUUACUUCUGCACGUGUCUGGAGACGGAGUGUCAGCCAUUAGAAAAAGGAUAUAAAUCAUUUAAAGUCAGAUUUUUGUACAUGAACAGCAGAAGAAGUCAAACUCUCAAAUCUGUUCAAACCGGCUGUUUGGUGACGUCUGUCGUGUUUCUGGGCUCGCUGUCAGCAGGAAACCCCGUCAAAAUAAAAGAGCGAGGACUUCUCCUUUCUUGUUUUAAAAAAAAGUUCAUCAGUUCAGAAGUGUCAGCGCCGCUGUUGGGAGAAACAUCUGAGGGUCGGGGAUAAGGGGAUCAAGUUCUAAUAAUAUUACAAAGAAUUUAUGAUUUAAAAACAAAUAAUGAAAAAAGGUGAUGAAACAUCCACAUGUUGCUGUAUUAGGAGAUAUUAAGUAUAAACUGCGACUUUUAUCUCGUAACGUUGUCUUAAUAUCUGUGAAGACAUUUAUUUUGUACAAAUGACUCUAAAUAUUUGUAAGUUUUUUCCCUAACUGUGGCCUUAUUAACACUUAUUAUUACUCUUAUUAUUGAUGUAUAAAUGCAGAUUCACAGUCCUGCAGCUUCCUCUUCAGGAUGUUUUCUACACACACACACACUCUCUCUCACACACACACACACACACACACACACUGUACAUACAGGCACUUUGGACUCUGUAUUUUUGCACAAUGUACUAACUCCAUGAACACACUGAACAGCUGCUUUAAUGUACAAUAUUUGUACGUAUUGUAAAUGAUAAAUGAUAACCUGUGGGUUUGUACCUGUUUUCAGUGUAAAGUGACAUUAUAUUGUUAUUUUAUAUUAUGUGACAGAGGAGGUCACUGGACAGAAAGUUGUUGUCUUGCACUGUUUAUUAAUGUAUGUAUGUAAUGGAGGUGAAAUAAAAAGAUAUAUUAUUUAUAUAGUAAGUAAGUCAAACAUUUUAUUUGGAUGUCAUUAUUUUGUCUUAACAUAUUCUGAAAAUUACAACUGUCUUGUAAAUGGAAAACAUUGUUCUUAAAUACAAAGAUUUA